AUUCAACCCGCUCCCCUCAGUUCGCCAUUAUCCCUGCUGCGGGGAGGUAAAGGAGGCUGCUGUUUUCAUCCGGGUACUGCAGCUCGUUCAAGCCGUGCGGACGGGGUUUCUGACACUAAGGGCAGAGGAGACUGUUCCGCUCGAGUACAAAGUUUGAAUCCCUGCUCAACCAUGAAAGCCCACUGGGUGUCCUUGGAAAAUAAACUGAGGCUCUUCUAAUGUGGAGUGAAUGAGACUGAUAGUACUGGAAUUCUGCCUCAACCAUUUGUGACACUAAAAUUAGAAGAUGGGAAACAGUGCCUUAAAAGCACAUUUGGAGACAGCUCAAAAAACUGGAGUAUUCCAAUUAACUGGGAAAGGCCUUUCUGAAUUUCCUGAAGAUCUGCAGAAGCUUGCAAGUAACCUCAGAACCAUUGACUUGUCCAACAAUAAGAUCGAGACCCUGCCACCACUAAUGGGGAAAUUCUGUGUGUUGAAAAGCCUUGCUUUAAAUCACAACAAACUGAUUGCACUACCCGAAGAGCUGUGCAAACUGAAAAAGCUAGAGGCUUUGCAUCUCAAUGGCAACCAGCUGACACAGCUACCUGCUGCUUUUGGACAGCUUGCAGCUCUGAAGACCUUGGGUCUUUCUGGAAACAAGCUCCGAACUAUACCUGUCCAGCUAUGCAGUCUUCGUCACCUAGAUGUGGUGGAUCUCUCAAGAAAUCAGAUCCAGAGUGUGCCAGAUACAAUUGGAGACCUGCAGGCCAUUGAGCUGAACUUGAAUCAAAACCAGAUUUCACAGAUCUCCCCACAAAUCUCUUACUGUCCACGUCUCAAGGUCCUGCGUCUGGAAGAGAAUUGUCUAGAACUAAGUGUACUUCCUCAAAGUAUUCUCAGUGAUUCUCAGAUCUCUCUGCUUGCUGUAGAGGGUAAUCUUUUUGAGAUCAAGAAACUCAGAGAACUAGAUGGCUAUGACAAGUAUAUGGAAAGAUUCACAGCUACAAAGAAGAAAUUUGCCUGAUGGAUUACGAUCAGCUUUAUCUUAUGAAGGAAGCAAUGGCAAGAGUUGUGAUACAUUAAUGCGAUAUGCUGCUAACCUGUUGGGAAGAUGCUCAAGGUUUUCAUUAAGGACAAGAAAACAAUGGCACCAGUAAUUUUGAAGUUGUCUAGCAUGUGUCAUUAAUGCCACUAAGUGAAUCUAGGAAUUGACCAAGCUAUUCUAGAUACAACACUCAGCACCUUUGCAGCUUGCAAAGUACUUCUGCAUAUGUGAUUCUGCAGCUUCAGGGAUUGUCAUGAUUUAAUAAGUGAAAUCUUAUUUGAAAAAACACUUGAGCUGCAGGAGAUCUUAUUACAGCUGUUCAGGUUGAGCAUAUGGAGAUGAAGAGUUGUGUGGGAGGCAUUGGCCAAGGAAUAUACUGACUUUUUGUUAACUCUCCCAUGCAAUGUCAUCUUCUGGCUUUUACUGUUUUAUAGUGCAUAAGAGGCAGAUGUCAUUUUAAUAUCAUGUAUAUUUUGAAGCACAAAUAGUUGAUGGACUAACACUAAUUUAUAAAAUAUUCAAAAUAGUUUUCCUAGCUUCAUGUCAUGAUCACAUCCAAUGAAUGGCUUUUCUUCCAUUUGAUGAAAUGUCUUAUAAUUCACCUAAGCAUGCUACAUUAAUGACAUAGGGAACCGGAUCUUAAUGCCUAUACUGAUCGCAUUAGGGAGAGCUGACAUCUUUGCACUGAAUGUUGUUGGCAGUAGAAAGCUCAACUGCUUAAUCAAGUUGAUCGCCAUAUUGCUGCCUUAUGCAAAGCACCCAGGAGGACCUAAAAUAUGCAACUUCUCUGAGUCACUUGUAUAUUUUUUACUAAAGAUCUACAUCCACAACUGUCUUAAGCUUUUCGUUUAAUGUGUAACUUGCUCACUCCGUGUCAUUUAAACCAUAAAAAUAAACUGAUGCACAGUUAAA